AUGGAAUCCUUUCUCGUUUCCGGGAGCACCGAUUAUGUGAGCUCCGACCAUGAUGAAUCAGUUUUCUCAUUGUCCAGUGGGAGCUCUUCAAAUGAAUCCACAUUUACCACGUCUUCAACAAUAUCCACGUCAUCUAUAGAAUCCUCACCUUGCCAUCUGAAAAAGUUCAAAUUCUGGACGAAACUUCCGCCAGCAUUCCAGCAGAAUGUUGUCAAGCAAUUGGACUACAAAUCCAGGUGCUGUAUGCGUAAAAGCUCCUCUCUCAACCGGGAUCUCAUUGAUUCCACCCCACUGAUUAUGUCUUACAUCACGAUGAAAACCGAUCGGAUCUACAAUCCUCAAACCAAACAACUCGACGAGCAGGUCGUCUUCUCCGUAUUCACCGACAAAUGGAAAUGUGUCAAUUUGCAUGGCGUCGACGAUUUUUUGGCACUUUUCAAGAAUAAGCGAUCAGUGGCACAGAGCUUUUGGUUCGACUGCUUCGAUGAAAACAAGCCAUGUGUUCCGAAGUUCCUUCAGGAUUUGGAGGCCGAGAUGGAGAAGCGAGGAUCGGUUUGCAAGAUUCGCGCGCGAAAAAUUCAAUGGAACAACAAUUUCAAACUAUUGCAACCGAAAGGAAAAGUUCAGAAGCCAUCCACUAGCGAUGCUGGUGACCACUUCUUGAAGAUUCUCAACCUGUUCGAUUCGAAAUACCUAAGAUCUUUGGAUUUGGUCAAAUCAAAUUUCACUUCCGGAACUAUCAACAUGUUGGCAAAGUCGGAACACUGGUGGUUGCUCAAGGAAAUCAAUUUGGAGCUUCAACAGAAAACAGUGAUGGAUUUUUUCUUGACAGCCGAAAAGCUACAAUAUGCCAGCUCAAGUUUCACUGGCCCAGAAAUCUGGAAAGUUGUUCAGAGCUACCAAUCUCGCAACUUGCCACGUGGCUCUCAUUUCCAGCUCACCGUGAAUAAGCCAUGGGAUGUGGAGGAGGUGUUGAAAUGCUUCCAAGUUCCAUUGAGAGAUGAGCCAAUUGGUGGAAAAAGAUCUCCUUUCAUCAAACACACUCAACGUUGGAAGACUCGAAAUGCCGAUCUAAUUCUGGUAGUUCAAUUGAAUUCAGAAGUCGCCAAAGGCGUCAUUUGUCGUGUUGAUCAUAUCGAGGAAGACUUUGGAAAGGAAUAA